GUUCAAGCUGGACAAAUCUUUUAAAUCUCUUUGUUUAUUUGAUUGCGACGAACUGUAGGUUUUCUUCUAAAUAAAACUCUGCGAGGGAGAGUGAUGUUAUUGAAACGUUUUAGCAGAUUGUGUGGACUACUUAUAAAUUUAUCGCGCUAACUUGCAGUCCGUCUUUUUUCUUUGAAGAGCAAUUAACUGAACCACGUGCAAAAACAAUGAAUAUGGAACCACUGCACACAUCGUCUUCGGUGCCGUCAAUUUCGUUAACGUCACAAAUGACCAUCGAAAACGAAGAAGACGUUGAAGAUAUAUACUCGAGAGGAAGAAGUGACAGUUUUUUAGAAAAAAUGAAGCAAAGCGUACCCUCACCGGCAAGAAUACCGUCGCCGAAAACACAUCGGAAGAAUCACGGAAGCCGAAGCGAAAACGGCAAUCAUCACCAACGUCAUUAUCGUUCUCCGUCGUCGCCAAUAUUAAAAAGACGUCAGCAACGGGUAGUGGACGAUAGCGAGGGAAUAUAUUUAUCUGUUGAAAGUAUCGGUGGACGCCCUCGAAGUAGCAGUGAUACGGAUGUACGAAAGCAUAAAAAACAUCACAUGCGGAGAGCACGAAGCAACUCUAACAUCAGUAACAAAAAACAAUCAUACGUACAUGGCGAUGAAGGGAUAUCACCUUUAGCUUCACCGCUUACAUCGCCUUGCGCUUCUCCACAUGUAUCUCCCAGUGGUUCUCCUACGCUAACAAGACCUGCGAGUAAAGUACCAGCGUCGGAGAUACCUGAUGAUACACUCACCCGUAGGAGUUUUGACGUUAAGGGUAACAUCAAAAAUGGCGAAAAAGAAUGGACGAAGGAGAGUGCUUUAAAUAUGAUUGAAGCGUUAUCUGCGCAAUGCGAUAGCAACAUUGUUGAUGUAGAAUCGCAAAUUAAUAUCACGUUUUUACAACUCGCCACUGCUCUUGACAAUCGAAGGAAAGAACUUCUAGAAAAGGCUCGAACGCUUUACGACCAGAAGAAACAAACGUUAAAGAAAUCCCGAGAAAGGUGUCUGAGAAGUAGACGUUCUAUUUCUCACCAAAGUUCUAUUGAUGAGAAUGAAGUCAAAACAAACGGUUAUCAGAACGGGACGUCGUCCAGCAAAAGGCGAAGUUCUGUUGACGAUCAAGACGAUAUAUUACAACAUAAUGGUAUACUAGAACCAUGGAAAUUGUCAUCAGAGGUAGACAUAAAUGAAAAAAAAGAAGUAAGCUCCGAGCCAAUAGCUAACAAUGAAGGUGUCUUCUCGGAAGUUUUAGAAGAAGGAAAUUUAACUUUCACAUUCAACGAAGAAGUGUCAGAAAUGUUUAACAACAUUGGUGUAAUCGGAAAUGAUUUAUCUUCUCCCCAGUUCUCUUUUACAAAAGGUUUAUGCAAAAGUUUUGCAUUGGCUGGUGACGAGGUAUACUUCGAAGUUCAUACAAGAAAUACUAAGGGGGAGGUGACGUUUAAUAAUCGCGACAAGUUACAAAUUAACGCCGUCGACUGUGACGGAGAAAAAAUUAACGUUGUUUUGAAUACAUUGGCAAAAAACAACAAGAAAGGAAUUAUUACCAAUACGAGUCAAAUAUCACAUGUCGCUCUUGCUCAUCGAUAUUACGCGCCAUUUUUUGUAGCAAACAAACCAGGUGUUUGCAAAAUUGAAAUUUCAUUAAACGAUGUUGAAAUUGAAACAAGUCCGAUAAGAUAUACCAUCUAUCCUAAGAUGAAUCUGACAUUCGAUUUAAAAACACCCCAAGAAAAGAAGGAACAAGUUAUUGCGCCAUUGUGUGGGUUUAUUCCUCUCAAUAACAUCGACGAUCGAAGACGGCGGUCGUUUAUACGACGCGAAAGCAGUGAAGACGCUGAUUGGCAGGAUUCUCCGUGGGUGGUUCAAAAGGGUGAUAAAUCUACUUUACUGCAAUCAUCAAACGAAAUGCCUUCAUAUAUUUAUGCGGCCACUGUUGUGACAGGUCUUUGCGCGUGGAAAAUAAGAGUAAACUCAGCGUGUGCAAGUAUUACACUCUCCAUCGGAGUGGGCACACGAACCGGCAUACCUGAUAUUGACGAGCAUUUUUCCUGUUUUUUUUCUGUUGGUAAUUCAGAUUCGAAUUCAAGCAAAAAUGACGGCAAACCUAAAACGCCUGUGAGAAGGUCUUCGUCGUUUACGCGACUCUCUUUAACGUAUGCCGUCUUAUUAAACACAGACGAAGGAGUGGUUCGUGUCGUGUCGGAAAUGGAUAACGAAGACAAAACUGUCAGUAUUAAUCGAGAAAUCUUAGAGAAAUCGAACUUAUUUCCCUUUUGUGCGAUGGUUCAUCAUCACAAAAAUUGUUUACUGCAAGUUUGUCCACGACCGCAGAUAACUCUGCUGUGAGAAUUUAAAAUAAUUUUUAAAUGAUUUUUUAGUAAUAUUAUCCAAUAAAAUUUAUACUGGGGAAGCUAUAGUUAACUACUCUAGUCUGUUAAUGAUAAGUUACUUUUUUUCUAUACAAUACAAUACCCCAGUGUGUUUUGUCUGUCACACAAAUACGA